GGGGCGAUCCCGAGCGAGUGGAGCUCUUGCGUCUUGCCACUUUGCCAGUUGCCACGCUCCGGGCUCCUCGGCAAACACACAGCACCAGCUAAGCUAGCUCACGCCCGCCGAGGCCAUAUCCUUCCCAGCACGCCGUAGACGCCGACGCUUGACGCCAUGCAGGAGUUCCAAUCCAUCCCGGGGCUGGCGGGGCGGCUGUUCGGCGGGGCAGCGGCCGCCGGCCUCCGGCGCGCGCAGGGGCAGUGCGGCGGCGGGGGUGCCUCGGCCGCGGCGGCCGUGAAGUGCCCGCGGUGCGAGUCCACCAACACCAAGUUCUGCUACUACAACAACUACAACCUGUCGCAGCCGCGCCACUUCUGCAAGGGCUGCCGGCGGUACUGGACCAAGGGCGGCGUCCUGCGCAACGUGCCCGUGGGCGGGGGCUGCCGCAAGGCCAAGCGCUCGUCGGCGCCGUCCACGCCCACGCCCACGCCCACGUCGGCGGUGGGCGACGCCAAGAGCCCGCGCCGCGCCUCGGCGUCCUCGCCCCGCGGCUCCAUCAGCAGCGGCAGCGGCAGCGCGAGCCCCACGCCCAACGGCUUCGCCUUCUCCUCCACGGCCGACGUGGUGGCGCCGCCGCCGGCGCCGAUAUUCGCCGAUCAGGCGGCGGCGCUGGCGUCUCUCUUCGCGCCUCCGCCGCCGCUCCCGGCGUUCAGCUUCGUGGCGGCGCAGGCUAAGGAGGAAACGUCCUCCACCCCCGCUGGCUUCGCGGCGCCGUACUCCUCAGUAUCCGAGGACAUGGCACCGUUCGCGUCCCUGGACGCCGCUGGGAUGUUCGAGAUCGGCGAGGACGCGUCGGCCGCGGCGGCGUACUGGAACGCCGGGAGCUGCUGGACGGACGUGCCGGACCCGAGCAUGAUGAUGUACCUGCUACCCUAGGCUGUUUGUUUUAGGUACUUGUCACGAUCGCUUGAUUAAGGUUAAGCCGUGGUUAAUUAAGUGCUUCUUAUUAAA